CUUGGCCCGCAGGGCAGCAGCUCUGUCCUCUGCAGAAAGCCUUGGCCCCUGAGCUUGCAGCCCGGGACAGGUGUCAUUCCCGUUCCGCACUGGCAGCACGAGAGCAAGAGGAGAAGCAGGAAGAAGACAGGUCGUUCUUCAAGGAAAACAAAAGAACGCAGUAUGGCUGGAAAACCCAACCCCAGGGGAGAGAAAGCCCCGGCCAUGGUGUCUGAGAACAACCUCUGCAGGCAGUACGAGGAGAAGGUGCGGCCCUGCAUUGACCUCAUCGACUCGCUGCGGGCCCUGGGCGUGGAGCAGGACCUGGCUCUGCCUGCCAUUGCUGUCAUCGGGGACCAGAGCUCGGGCAAGAGCUCCGUGCUGGAGGCCCUGUCAGGAGUCGCCCUCCCCAGAGGCAGCGGCAUCGUCACCAGGUGCCCUCUGGUGCUGAAGCUGAAGAGGCUGAGGCCGGAAGAGGAGUGGAGAGGCAAGCUCAGCUACCUGGACGUUGAGCAGAACAUCAAGGACGCUUCCCACGUGGAAAGUGCAGUCAUCAAUGCCCAGGAUACAAUCACAGGGGACAGAGAGUGCAUCAAGGACGAGCUCAUUAGUCUGGAGAUCGGCUCCCCCACUGUCCCGGACCUCACUCUCAUCGACCUUCCUGGGAUCACCAGGGUGGCCGUGGGCAAUCAGCCGGUUGACAUCGGUCACCAGAUCAAGAAGCUCAUAAUGAAAUACAUUGAAAAGGAUGAGACCAUCAACUUGGUGGUGGUUCCUAGUAACGUGGACAUUGCCACCACGGAGGCGCUGAGCAUGGCACAGAAGGUGGACCCCACAGGAGACAGGACCAUAGGCAUCUUGACAAAGCCAGAUCUGGUGGACAAAGGCACGGAGGACAAGGUGGUGGACGUGGUGCACAACCUGGUGUGCCCCCUGAAGAAGGGCUACAUGGUUGUCCGGUGCCGCAGGCAGCAGGACAUCCAGGAGCGCCUGAGCCUGGCCGAGGCCCUGCAGAGGGAAAAGGUCUUCUUUGAGGAACACCCACACUACAGGGAGCUGCUGGACGAUGGGAAGGCCACGGUCCCCUGCCUGGCAGAGAGGCUGUCCGCCGAGCUCAUUGCACACAUCUGUAAAUCCCUGCCGAUGCUGGAAAACAAGAUAAAGGAGCAUCACCAGAAAACAACAGAGGAGCUACAGAAGUACGGCAUGGACAUCCCAGAGGAUGACAGCGAGAAAAUAGUCUUCUUGAUAGAGAAAAUCAAUGUGUUUAAUCAGGACAUCAGUGCUCUAGUGCUCGGGGAGGAAACCGUGGGAAGGGAAGGCACCCGGCUGUUUGCCAGACUCCGACUGAAGUUCCAGAACUGGAAUUCCAUGAUUGGAGACUGCUUUGAAAAAGAUUAUGCCAGUUUAAAAAGAGAUGUCAUGAAAUUUGAAAACCAGCAUCGUGGCAGAGAGCUGCCUGGGUUUGUGAACUACAAGACAUUUGAGAUGAUCAUGAAAAGUCAACUCCGGGUCCUGGAGGAGCCGGCUGUGGACCUGCUGCGUGAGGUCACCGAAAUGGUUCGCAAGGCCUUCACAGCGGUUUCUGACAAGAACUUCAGUGAGUUUUUCAAUCUGCACAAAACCUCCAAGAACAAAAUCGAGGACAUUGGCUCAGACCAGGAAGAGGCCGCGGAGGCGGCCAUCCGCCUUCACUUCCAGAUGGAGCAGAUCGUCUACUGCCAGGACCAGGCCUACCAGGACGCGCUGCAGCAGGCCCGGGAGAAAGCAGCCGUGGUGCGCGCUAGCUCUUUCGGCACUCCUGCACGGGACUCUGCCGUGACCGAGUUUCUGCAGCACCUGAAAGCCUACUGCCAGGAGGUCGGAGGGAACCUGGGCAGACACAUCCCCUUGGUCAUCCAGUACUACGUCCUGCAGCUGUUCGGCCUGAGGCUGCAGACCAUGCUGCAGCAGCUGCAGGACAAGGAGGGCUGCGCCUGGCUCCUGAAGGAGCGCAGCAACAUCGUGAGGAAGAGGCGGCUCCUGAAGGAGCGGCUGGUGCGGCUGGGUCAGGCCCGGCGCCGGCUCGCCAAGUUCCCCGUUUAACCUGGCUCCUGGCCCCGGGCCUCUCCUGACGGCCGGGAGGGUGAGGUGGCCGCUGAGCAGACGCGCAGUACGCAGAGGCAGAGGCGCCUCUCUGCUUUUUGUGCAGUAGCGCUGGGGAUCAGGAGGAGUCGACAGUCAUUUGAUUUCCAGCUGGAAGAGCGCAGCGGGGAAGGGGACGUCCCUCAGAGCUCACCCAGGCAGCCUAGGCUUUCACCUAGGUCCACAGAGCUUGCAAAAGGCAAUUUCAGACCUGCUCCUCCCAUCCCCAGCCCAAGCCCCGCCCCCAGCCCAGGCUUAGAGCUGCAGCCCUGCCCUCCACUUGCACCCUCCUUGUCUGCUAAUAAACCUUCCUGGCUGGUUGAUGUC